AUGGACUCGUCAGACUACUUCACACCCGUCCGGGAAGACCGAGAUGCCCCAGGGCCGCCGACUGAAGACUCUGACACCGACAUGGCCGCCUCUGCCACCGCUACAGCCUCGUCCUCGCGCUCCACCAUGUACACAUCACCACACCCGCGCAAGCCCGGCCGCAUGUCUCGAUCGGGAGCACCACGGCCCAUACUCACUCCCAACAGCCCCCUGAGCUCGACGAUACCGCACAAUCUCCUCCCCUCUGCGCCGGCCUCACCGCCUACGCCUGCGCCGAGUCCGACACCGACCCAGCGGGUGCCCGACUGGAGCACCGCCGCCGAACACGAAGAUGGAGACAUCAAGAGCAUACGGGCGCAGUUUGGCGACAUGAACAGAGCCGAGCGGAUGCGCCUGCUGGGCGAGCUGCUCAAUUUGUGCGACAGCCAGGAGCUCAGCUUUGUUGCCGAAUUCGUCAGUCCUAGAUUGAAGAAGGACCCCUUCAUGGUUCUGCCUACCGAACUCUGCUUAAGAAUCCUGGAAUGUGUAGACGACCCCACUACCCUCGCUCGGGCAUCGCAGGUAUCCAAGAAGUGGCGCGAACUCGUCAAUGACGACAGCGCCUGGCGGUUACUGUGCCAGAAGUACUCCUUCAGGGCUCUGUCGAGAGAAGAAAGAAUUGAGGAAGACGACACAACCGACGAGAUGGAGGACACCGACUCAAAGUCAUGGUGGCAGAACGACGAGCGCGCACCGAGGGUAGAGGACGUCGCUACGAGAGAACACCUUGAGGUCGGCCCGUCCAACGGCGGUGCUGAUGGUCUGCGGACGCAGAGCCUGGACCGAGCCGCGAAGAGGAAACCUUCACAACGAAAGCAACAAGCAACCACAUACCGGUCGCAUUUCAAGCAGCGGUACAUGGUUGAGACGGCGUGGCGGAAUGGAGGAGUGUGCGAUGCGCGGCAGAUUACUCCGGAUCAGGGCGUAGUAACCAGUCUACACCUGACCAACAAGUACAUUGUGGUUGCACUUGACAACGCGAAGAUCCACGUCUUCGAUACUGUCGGCGACCAUCAGAAGACGCUCCAGGGACACGUCAUGGGUGUAUGGGCUAUGGUGCCUUGGGGCGACCUUCUAGUCAGCGGUGGAUGCGAUCGCGAUGUGCGCGUCUGGAAUCUUGCAACUGGCUUUCCCCAGUUCACUCUGCGCGGUCAUACUUCGACUGUGCGAUGCUUGAAGAUGUCCGAUGCGAACACGGCUAUAUCCGGCUCAAGGGAUACCACACUGCGCAUCUGGGAUCUCAAGAAGGGCCUAUGCAAGCAUGUACUCAUUGGUCACCAGGCUAGCGUCCGAUGCCUCGAAAUACACGGUGACAUCGUUGUGUCCGGCAGCUACGACACCACAGCCAAGAUUUGGAGCAUAUCCGAGGGCAAGUGCCUGCGCACACUCACUGGCCACUUUAGUCAGAUAUAUGCGAUCGCCUUUGACGGGAAGAAGAUUGCAACAGGCAGUCUGGACACCAGUGUCCGGAUAUGGGAUCCCAAUGAUGGCAAAUGCCUCGCUGUACUACAGGGCCACACCUCGCUUGUCGGGCAGCUUCAGAUGCGUGACGACAUUCUUGUAACUGGUGGAUCAGACGGCUCGGUCCGCGUGUGGAGCCUCGCAACGUACCAGGCUAUUCAUCGACUAGCUGCCCACGACAACAGCGUUACGAGUCUACAAUUCGACAACACCAGGAUUGUCAGCGGUGGCAGCGAUGGUCGCGUCAAGGUCUGGGAUCUAAAGACCGGUGUCCCCGUCCGAGAGCUAAGCAGCCCUGCCGAGGCCGUUUGGAGGGUGGUGUUUGAGGAAGAGAAGGCCGUCAUAAUGGCCAGCCGGGGCGGUCGGACAAUCAUGGAGGUAUGGGACUUCUCGCCCCCUGCCGAAGAGGACUUCGACUCCCGAUCCUCUACACCAGCGAGCAUGCCCGAUCAUCUCGCCGAAUACAACCGGCCGCGGUCCGCCAUACUUCCUGCAACUUCACCGCUCGUGCAGGAUACGGGCGCUGGCGACGUUACCAUGGGCGACGCAAGCGAUUCAUAA